GUACGUAUUUCCUGGGCGGGAACACCAAAAUGGCGCCAGAGCCAGUCGCAGGUUGAGUCUUCUGGCCCUAUCCGGAGCUAGUGUGUGGUCCCGGGCCUCUAGUCCCUUUGUGGACAUGGAGGAUGUGGAGGUUCGCUUCGCUCACCUAUUGCAGCCCAUCCGGGAUCUCACUAAGAACUGGGAGGUGGACGUGGCAGCACAGCUGGGCGAGUAUCUGGAGGAGUUGGACCAGAUCUGCAUUUCUUUUGAUGAAGGCAAGACCACUAUGAACUUCAUUGAGGCAGCACUGUUGAUCCAGGGCUCAGCUUGUGUGUACAGUAAAAAGGUGGAGUACCUCUACUCGCUGGUCUACCAGGCUCUCGAUUUUAUUUCUGGCAAGAGGCGAGCCAAGCAGCUCUCUUUAGUACAGGAAGAUGGGAGCAACAGGGCUGUCAACUCAGGAACUGCCUAUGAAACAGAGGAUGAGCUUCUGUCACUGGAUGACUUCCCUGACUCUCGGGCUAAUGUGGAUCUGAAAAAUGGCCAGGCAUCCGGUGAGCUGCUUAUCAUACCCCUUCUGCCCAUGGCCCUGGUGGCCCCUGAUGAAGUGGAAAAGAACAACAGCCCCUUGUAUAGCUGUCAGGGUGAGGUCUUGGCCAGCCGGAAGGAUUUUAGGAUGAACACAUGUGUCCCCAACCCCAGAGGUUCCUUUAUGUUGGAUCCAGUGGGAAUGUGUCCUGUGGAGCCUGUGGAUGUGUGCCCCAUGCCAAGGAGCCAGAAAGAUGCUGAGGGUGCGGAGGAGCAGCCAAUGGAAGUUUCUAGGAAUGGGAGUCCUGUUCCCGUAUUCAGCAUCUCCCAAGAGCCAGAAGGCCCAGUGCUCAACGAUGGAGAUGAGGACGCAGAGGAUGUAGCAGAACUCCCGGAGGUGGCUCUAGAGCCUGCAGAGCCCAGGACCUCACAGCAGAGUACCACCUUGCCAAGGAGAUACAUGCUACGGGAGCGACAAGUGGCCCCAGAGCCUGCCUCCCAGCUGCAGGAGACCCCAGACCCCUGGCAGAGCCUGGACCCUUUUGACUCCUUGGACUCUAAGCUCUUCCAGAAAGGUAAACCCUAUUCUGUGCCACCUGGUGUGGAAGAGCCUCCGGGACAGAAGCGCAAGAGGAAGGGUGCUACCAAGCUGCAGGACUUCCACCAGUGGUACCUGGCUGCCUAUGCUGACCAUGCUGACAGCAGGAGGCCUCGGCGGAAGGGCCCAACCUUUGCAGACAUGGAAGUGCUGUACUGGAAACACGUAAAAGAACAGUUAGAGAGUCUUCGGAAGCUUCAGAGACGCAAGAUGACUGAGAGAUGGCUGCCCAGGGCCAAGGAGGAUCUGUGGCCUGUAGAGGAGGAACGCUUGGAAGAUUCCCUAGAAGACCUAGGGGUAGCAGCAGAUGACUUUCUGGAGCCCGAAGAGUAUGCAGAGCCUGAGGAGGUGGUGCCUGGGGAAGCUGCUGACUUGGAUGCAGAGGCUGUGCCAGAGUCCCUGAGAUAUGAGGAGCUGGUCCGAAGAAAUGUGGAACUCUUCAUUGCCAGCUCCCAGAAGUUUGUUCAGGAGACAGAGCUGAGCCAACGCAUCAGGGACUGGGAAGGUACUAUCCAGCCGCUGCUCCAGGAGCAGGAGCAGCAUGUACCCUUUGAUAUACAUACCUAUGGGGACCAGCUGGUUUCAAGGUUCCCCCAGCUCAAUGAGUGGUGCCCUUUUGCAGAGCUUGUAGCUGGGCAGCCUGCUUUUGAGGUGUGCCGCUCCAUGCUGGCUUCCUUGCAACUGGCUAAUGACUAUACAGUGGAGAUCACCCAGCAGCCAGGACUGGAGGCAGCUGUGGACACCAUGUCUCUGAGACUGCUUACACAUCAGCGAGCCCAUACACGCUUCCAGACUUAUGCUGCCCCCUCCAUGGCCCAGCCUUGAGUGAAGAACACUGAGGCAGGGUGGAAGAGUUUCACCUCCUGGGAUCCUGAGGACUGGAGGUUUGAACUGAGAGAGCCUGGGCCAGACUCUGGGCCCUAGAGCCUGUAGCACCAUGGAUGCGAAGUUCCUGGAAAAGAACAGACAAGAUACCUGGGCCUCUACUGCUGGAGAAACUUGUUGCCCCACAUCCAAGCAGGUUAGCCAGCUAUCUGUACUGGCUUAUCUGAACUCAGAACUGCUCUGCCUCAAGCCUUAAGCAGCAUCAAAUGUCCACCACAGCUGGCUUGCUCUACACCUGUCACUCCUAGUUCUUUAACUAGGAAGCCUCAGCCUCAUAAACCCAAUGUAUGGAUAACCUGCACCUCAACUGCCAGGAUUCCCAUCUGGAUGCCUGGAAGCAUUCAGAAUAUGCUUUGCCUGGGCACCAGAGCACAUGUGUCUAUUUACAAUUAAAAAGAAUUU